AUGGGGGGUGACCCAUCCUGGAGGAACCAGAACUUGUACUGUACCUAUCAUAGGGAUAAAGGGCACACUACCGAGCAAUGCCGGGUGUUAAAAGAUCAUCUAGGGCAGUUAGUGAGGGUAGGAUAUCUGAAGGAGUUUGUGGUGGAUUCAGGGAACCAGGGUACCAGGCAAGGUGCUCAGCAAAGGGGAAACCCUUUCCUGCCCCCAUUGGGAGUGAUCGAAGUCAUCCAUGCUGCCCCGAGGGGUACUGUUGUGACCAGGAGGAAGGGAGUGUUGACUGUAGUGCCUAUAAAAGACUGCUUGGGCAAGAAAUCCUUUGAGAAGAAGAUGAAGUUUGCUCGGGAGCCCAUCACUUUCAACAACGAUGAUUUAGAAGGAACAAUUCAGCCGCACGACGAUGCGUUGGUGGUGACGGCCCGAAUAAACUGUUUCAUAGUAAAGAGGGUGAUGGUAGACCAAGGAAGUGGGGUUGAUGUGAUGUAUUCGGACCUAUUCAAAGGACUCGGACUAAAGAACGCGGACCUCUCGAAGUAUGAUACGCCUCUGGUUGGGUUUUAUGGCAUGGUGGUGAUUCCCUAG